ACAUCAUUGUCCAUCUCUACUCAUCUUCCUCCCUUCCUGCAAUACCAUCAUCACGACAAGCAAGCAACUAGCGUCAUGUCUCUGAGCCCCUUCAAAGUCCUUCUUUUCGACUGCUAUGGUGUAAGAUAAGCCUGUCCAAAUGAACGUGCUUCGCUAAGACAAUGCAUUCACCCCCAGACACUCAUUGACUGGGAGACUGGAAUGCUCGAGAAUCUCGUCCCUCUUCUGCAGCAAACUAAAAGCAUCGACCGCGAGAACAUUUUCAAGAUUGUGGGGCACCACGAGGGCCGCAUUCAGACCAAAACCCCGACUAUGCUCUAUUCCCAAGUUCUUGAUGGUGUCUACCGUGCUACUGCCAAAGACUUGAACCUCAAAGACGAUGACUCCCAUGCUGCUGCAUUCGGGGCAUCUGUGCCCAAAUGGCCUGCCUUUGAAGACUCGGCGCAUGCAUUGGAAAGACUCUCGCGAUUGGGACUGAAACUUGUCAUCUUGUCCAACGUCGACAAUACCAGCUUCGAAGGCUCCAAACAAAAGCUCGAGAAAGGCUUCUCGUUCGAUGCUCUCUAUACAGCCGAGAAAAUCGGAUCUUACAAGCCUUCCCUUAACAAUUUUGAAUACGCAUUGCAACAUGUGAAGGAGGAUUUCGGCUUUGGCCCCGAGGACAUUCUCAUCGUCGCCAACUCAAAGCUGCACGACAUUCAGCCGGGCCACAAGAAAGGAUUGAAGGCGGCCUGGAUUGAUCGCCAGAAGGCUGUGAUGGGCGUGUCCGCUUUCAAAGAUGUUAUUCCAGACUUUCAAUUUCCUAGCAUGGACGCCUUUGCGGACGCCAUGGAGAAAGACAAGGGAUUGAACUGAUAACCCGCUGU